GCCAUUAUCCAGCUCAUGACGAUUUCUAUCUAGUAGUGUGCAAUAUCUGCAAUCAGGUAGUCAAGCCACAGGUUUUCCAGUCGCACUGCGAACGAAGACACAAUUCAAUGUGUAAACCUUCCCCAUCUCCAGCUUCUCCACCCUCCAAUUCCAGGACAUCACUAGUACAAAUUAAACAGAAAUCCUGUAUCAGCGGCCAUAACCCUGUCAGCAGCAACUCAAAGCCAUUCAAAACUCCCAAAGACAAUCUACUUACCUCCACUAGCAAACAGCACACAGUCUUUCCUUCAAAAGUAUCAAGGGAUAAACCAUGUGUUCCUGUUCCUGUAGUCAGUCUAGAGAAAAUUCCUAACCUAGUGAAGGCAGAUGGUGCCAAUGUUAAAAUGAAUUCUACAACCACUACCACCAUCACCUCCUCCUCAGCCUCUUCAUCCACCAUACCUGCUCCAACUUUGGUUAAAUCUUCUUUGACAUCUAAGUCAGUGCCACCAUCACCAGAAAAGAUUCUGAACGGCAAAGGAAUUCUAGCUCCUUCAAUAGACAAGAAACACCAAAACGGCACUAAAAGCAGUAACAAGCCUUACAAAAGACUUUCAGAAAGAGAAUUUGACCCAAAUAAACACUGUGGAGUACUGGAUCCUGAAACAAAGAAACCUUGCACAAGAUCACUCACCUGCAAGACUCAUUCACUUAACCAUCGACGAGCAGUUCCAGGUCGCAAAAAACAGUUUGACAUCCUUCUAGCUGAACACAAAGCUCGAUCCAGGGAAAAAGAAGUUGCAAAAGACAAGGAGCAUCCACAGUCUAUAAGGGAAACCCAUCCGAGCCAUCCCACACCAGCACAGGAUUCUUUGCCAGGAUCUUCACUGAACUCUGGGCAAGAACCUAAAGUAACAUUUCCUGCAAAAUCUAGACCACCCAAUUCUGUACUUGCUAGAUCAUCAUCUGCAAAUAGUGUAAACAGCAACAGUUCUUCAAACCACAGUGGCUAUGUACCAGAACUGCCACUACCUUCCAUGGGAGGAGAUUUAGCUAGUAGACUGUCCAGUGAUGAAGGAGAAGUGGAUGGAGCUGAAGAAUCCGAGAAAUUAGACUGUCAUUUUUCUGGACACCACCCGAGGCCUCUUGGGUUUUGUUCAUAUGGCAGUCGCUUAAUGGGAAGAGGAUACUAUGUAUUUGACAGAAGAUGGGACCGUUUUCGAUUCGCACUAAACUCCAUGGUAGAAAAACACUUGAAUUCACAGAUGUGGAAGAAAAUCCCUCCUGCGGCAGAUAGCCCUAUGCCUUCUCCAGCAGCACAUAUCACCACCCCUUUUCCGGCAUCGGUUUUACAGCCUUUCAGCAACCCCAAUGCAGUGUAUAUUCCUUCAACACCCAUCAGCUCAAGAAUCACUUCUUCUUACAUAAUGACAUCAGCCAUGUUAUCGAACGCAGCCUUUGUGACAGCGUCGGAUACGAAUUCCAUUGUGUCACACACCACAGCUUUUCCUCAUGUGGCUGCAAGUUUAAGUAUCAUGGACUCAACUUUUAAGGCACCAUCAGCUGUGUCACCAGUGCCAGCAGUCAUCCCUUCCCCAUCCCACAAGCCAUCCAAAACAAAAACCAGCAAAUCCUCAAAAGUCAAAGACCUAUCGUCUCGUAGCGAUGAGUCUUCAAGUAACAAAAAGAAAAAGUCACAGUCUUCUUCCUCUUCAUUAUCUUUGCAAACAUCCUCCUCGUCUUCAUUUUCAGGGUCCCACAAAAAGAACUGUGUCCUGAACUCUAGUUCAACUUUGAACUCCUAUCAGGCUACAUCUUCCUAUAACAGUAUGUCUGUACACAAUACAAACAAUGGAACAAGCCCACUCAGUGCCAAAUCGGAGCCCUCAGGACGGACUUCAUUAGCAAGUAGCUCAACUGACUCAGUAAAACACAUGAGCAUGGUAGUAAGCAGUAUUGAUUCCUCUAAUUUGUCUGUAUCCUCCUUUGUGCACCAUUCAGGGGACCAUUCCCUGGCAGCACAUAAUGCAGUGUCUUCUCUACCCCUUUCUUUUGACAAAUCAGAAGGAAAAAAACGUAAAAACUCUAGUACUAGUAGCAAAGCCUGUAAAAUCACUAAAAUGCCUGGUAUGAAUAGUGUUCACAAAAAGAGCACUGCCAACCUUAUUUCUACGGUGCCAGAUCCUCCAAACAGCUCUCUCUCUCGGCAGAUUGGAAAAAAUAGCAGUGUAGCUUUGUCACAAUCCAGUCCUUCAAGUACAUCAAACCCAGUACACAACAGACAGAAAACGUCAAAUCGGACUGGUAGGAUAAGGACUCUUCCAUAG